GGGUGGGCGGGUGGGCGAGGGAGGGACGAGGGGAGGGACGGGGUGAGAACCCUUGCAAAAUCAAGAUUCACCAAGCAGUCUGACUUCUGAUACCCGAGAGGAAAAAACAAAACUCGUGAGGAAGAAAGAAAGAAAGAACGAAAGAAAGCAAAAAAAAAACCCCAGGAAAAAAAAGCAGUUUAAGGAAAGCAACUGAACCGAGUAUGAUGCCUAGAGUGGUAAGCGUAGUCUUUGCGAUCACCGUCUAUGUAAGAGCUCUACAGGAAAGAUGGGCGGACACUGGUGACUGGCCAGACAGACAGACAGACAGAUGGGUGAAUACCUCUUACCUAGGGAGCUGUGGAGAAACCCAAACGAUAUGGUGGUUGGAUGGCUUCUUCCGCUGGCUCUCUACUGAUCGACGACACCACAGACACGGACCCACACACACACAGCGAUCAUGCAGCAUCCAACUCGUUCGUUCGUUCGUUCGUUCUUUAGUUCGUGAGGGUCGUCGUCGAACGCACAACACCACGGGAUACCUUUACGUAUCUUUGGCCCCCGCCGCCGCCGUCAAGUGCUAUGAGGGAGACGCGUUGGGAGUGAGUGAGUGGGAACUUGACUUGACUUGUCAUGUGUCGGUGUCCGUAUCGGUGUCGGAUGUAAAAAUCUGACGCUAGUUAACCUGACUUGCGAAGUGCAUCGUUGGUUGAGUGAGUCUACACAUUGCUACGUGCAGUAUCUAGUACACUUGUACCGGUAACUAUGCCCAUGGGAAAAGUGCCCCAACACUGCACAACACUGGUGACUGCACAGCACUUCACAACACAGCAUAGCAUGGCACGGCACAAGACGGCACAAGACAUUCCUCCUCCUCC